AUGCCAGAGCAUGGCUCUGGCACACCGUGUAUUUACCUGCAGCCAGCUGUAUCGCAGCAUAAUCUGGCGGCGGCUGCCCUGCAGAAGGGCGGGCAACUACAGGGACUACAUGGACUACAUGGACGAAACGCCGGAUCGCAGUCGGGGCUAGAAGUCUUGUCGCCUGCCCACCGCUGGUGGGUCGUUGACGUUUAUUCGGACGCAGGAAAUUCUCAAUACUUGAAUUAUGUGAAGGAUUUCUGGUUCUCUCUCAUCAACAACAAUCCAGUGUUGAUGGUGAAGAUUGACCAGCAUACAGUCAAGACACUUCAGUUGAUGAUGCUGUGCUCCAAAGCCAAAUGUUUCAAAAGCUGGGCUCACUGUCUGGCAAGGCUGUUCACCUUGGGGAAGUCCACUGUACACCAGACAAUGAAGGGCUUAUGGACAACAUGCAGUGAUGGCAGUGACAUAUGCCCGGUUCAAACCUCUGAGUCCGCAUUCAACAGUCAGCGUGAGCCUGUUGGAAGGCAGUUUGAUCUUGCCUAUCAGCAGAUGUGGCUAUACACCAUGCACCAUUAUCCACAGAUGCCUCGCGACCCAAAACACAAAAAUCAGCUGGCCAAGGCGCGGAACGCGACCGCGGACGAGUGUGUUGUGUCUGAAAUGGCGUCCCUCACUCAUCAGCUGAGAUUCAGAUCCACUCAGAUCACAAACCUCAUCAACCAAGCUCCUGACCAAUUGAUCGCUGAACAGGCGUUGCUGAAGGCUCCGCAGCCCGAGUAUUUCUCAUAUGACAAUACCCUAUUCGAUACAUUGAUCGAUCGGAUCGUCGAAUGCUUCACAGUGGCCAUGCCCAGGGACGCUCGCUGUGAACACCCUUCCAUGGAGGCCCUCGAGCAAGACAGUCCACUACUCUUCGUCAAUCACAUGCAGGCGGCAGCUGUACCGGACAGGGUCAUGACGUUUUUCAUGAGGUGCUGUGUCUAUCUUGCAUUCUUUGGGCCACAGCCGUCCCUUCGUCAAGGGGCGGAUAGCACCCCCUCUAGCGUGCCUAUACGACGGCCGGAAAUGACCCAGGCGCGAGCCACAGAUGCCCCUGCUGCCGGAGAUGACGCGGAGGUCGAGAGAGCAAUUGCUGACAAUCUCAAUGAGAUGCUGGAGGGUGAUGCGGAACAGAGAGCCGCAGGCGAGCAUGAUACGCAAGAACACACCCAGUGGGAGAGAGAACAACGCGCCCUGCUGGAGAUAGAACACAGUGCCUUGGUUGAGAACACACGCAUCAAAUCAGAAAAGCAGAUGGCACAGGAGCGAGCCAUGGCUCUCACUCAACUGCAAAGCCAGGUAGCCGAGCAAACCACUGACAGUGCGCAAUGUGAAACCAACACUGCUACUGCUACACUUUCCCGGCUCAUCACCCAGUUCAACGCGCGGAGCAUGAUCACAGGAUGGCGUCAGCAAGGAAGUGUGCUGGGCAAUGAUGAAGCGCGACCGCCCCAGGACACUCACAAGAAAACUUCCACUGGACACCAUGGUCAUAUUCCAGUGGUGCAUACCCAGCCGGGAUGGCACCCUGAGGACCCGAGCUCAACCCCAGUGCCACAAAUGAGGGAGCCAUCAUCAGCAAUGAAUAUGACAGCAACACAAGCAGCAGUGCCAAAUCAACUGGAUGGAAAUGCUGAAGAGCAAGCUGCAGAAGUGCCAGCGCAGCGAGCGGAUGACAAAAGGCAAGUGGUGGAGCCUUCCGCAUUGGUACAGGCACGUCGACGUCAUAUGGAGAAUCCCGCUGUAGAAUUAUCCAGUCAUCUGCGGGGCGCGGGGCCAGAAGUGAUCUGGGGACCCUCUGAAGAAGCUGCCGCGGCUGAAGCCUUUCCAUCCGCCUCAGGGCAAGGUGAUCAGGGACGGGCCAGCAGCAUUGUCGUUGAAGCAGAAACAGCCAACCCCGCCCCCCCCGCCACCGUGUCUGCAGGACGGGAACGACGGCGGAAGUCCAAUCCUGGGGAUCCACAAGACACAAAGGGCCAAACCAACGCGGCGAGAUGUGGAUCGAGUGGCCAACCGGAUGAUCCACCGAACCUAGAGCCACCACUAGUCGAGCCUAGAGCGGCGGCUCCAGCGGUGGAGUUGACACGGCUAGAAACGAGGGAGAAGGGCGCUCACGUUCGAUUUGACGUGGGCGCCGCGGAUGCCGAGCUCGACCAAAGCGACGGCCGGACAGGUGGAGGCAGCCGAGUGGCCAGGAACAUCGCAUCACGAAGGGGGCUUCGUCCGCGGCCCGUCACCCAAUACAACUUCAGAGAGCUGGCGGCAAGCUCGCUCACGGACCCUGGUGGAGACAGUACCAAUGUCGCCGACAGGGAAGCUUGGCCGCCCACGAUCCCGCUUCCGUCCAUUGAGACGGAGCCAGAGCCGGCGCGCAACGAUGGGAAGAUCACAAUCACACUUCACGUCUACGAGCGGAAGCAAUGGAGGGUGGCCGACGUCCUAUCCAUCGAUCCUUCUAGGAAGGAUGCCCUGGAGAGAAUUGUCUGGGGCUACAAGCGGCGGGGAAUGUUUCUGUACUACGACAUGCGCAUGCGGUCAGUCAGCGUCUCGUCCAACUUUCGAGCGGCGAUGUCGGACGGAGCCAACGUGCUGCUGUUGAUUCCCAAGGAGGCAAAGGCGCAGAUGGACCAAGAGUGUCCGAUUGAGCCGCCGAACACGGCCGCUGGACUGCUGCGCAAGAGGAGCAAAACACCAAAAGAAGAAUGGUCAGAUGUAACAUGUAACUGCAUAUACGGUAGUCUCAAGCCCAUAUGUGGAAUAAGAAGAUAUUCUUGA